AUGGAGCUGGAGCAGGGGGAUCAAUCGCCCCGUGGUUCCGUGGCUGAAGAAGUUGAUGGUCAGGAGAGGGUGAUCUCGGGCGUGCGGCGAAUGGAGGAGGAAGGACAGGGUCAUACAGACAAAACGCCAGCAGCGGUUGAGGGGCCAGAGCAGAGGCGUGGUGAGAUGGGAGGAUUUGGGGUAGUACAGCUCCGGGGGUGGACAUUGGAGCCAUGCGAGGGGGAUCCAUCAGAAAGUCAGGGGAGAAAGAGAAAGAGCGAAGAAUCGACUUACGUACGGAAAGGACAGCAGGGUGCAUCAAGGCCACGACCAAAUUUCGUAAAGGGGCGGCAGAGGAAGAGGGCCGCAAAACGCUGGCAGGAGAAGCAUGUAAACCUUAUGAAAGUCAAGCGGGCGACGAGAGCAAGGCAGAUUGCGUUCGGGGAGGUUGCGGAGAUCAAGUCCGGGCUCGGCUACCCGGGGGCUGCUGGCCAGGACUCUUUCGUGAAGCGCGGGGCGCCUCUGUCAGACGAUCCAGAGAAUCUUCGACGGCACGCCCGGGCUCCGUGCCAUGCCGAGGGCACUAGUGCUGGUGUCCCGAGCCAUGACGGUCAAGCCCUCAUCAUGGGAUCGGGGGACCAUAAGUUAGUGGACAAUCUGCUGACCCCCCUAGACAACAUCCGAAACAUCACCACCGUGAGGACGGCCCUGGCAUGCCACGGAGGCGACAGUGUCGUCGAAAAGUCGAUACCCCUGCCGAGCGGAGCUUCCGUGGUUGCCAAGACGGCCGCGGAGUGCCUUGUUGCCGUCCAACUCGCCUCUUUUGAUAGGGUAUCCUCCUGUCGAUCUCUUCUGGCGAUUUCCUUGCAGGAAGUAGUACAAGGUGGCGAGCUACGACAGGCGCCCCUUCCCGACGAGAUCGCGCGUGGUGCAAGCCUGCUCGGAGAACUCAGGCUCAUUGUGCCGGGCUGGGCACAGAAAGAACUGAACGAGGAGGACUUGGGCUAUCACAGGACUCUCAGCACCACAGAUCGCCACGAACUGGAAAGAGAUGGGAGCGCGGACGGGGUGACGGGCCAGGCAGUUGACCGUCGGAACUCUGCCGUUACAGUCACCGCAUCAUCAGCAGCAUCAGCACUCCGUCCGCUGUUCGCAGCACUGUCGCGUGGUGGUAGAUCAACAAGCGUCAUCGACACGCUCCUCGGCCAACGGCGGCGGGAGGCGACUCCUCAAAGGACGGGCUACGAAGCGUGCGUGGCGGCGCUGUGUAAUGCUGUGCUUUCCGAUGGCGAUCCGGCCGUAACUGCAUCUCGUGUGGGGUGGUUUGCAAGCUCCGGAGCGCGGAAUCGAGAACUGCUGUGUGCAGCCUUCUGGGCGGGAUGUUCUGGCGCACCAGGAGAGCGUGUCGGCUGCAGCAUUGCACGAGACGACGGUGGUCUCACGGGCCUUCAGAUAGCCGGUUAUUUCGGGUGUAGCGGAAUGGUUCUCAGGCAGAUCUUGAGCGCUGGCACAGCGGUUUUCGAAGAGUUCAAAGCCGACCGUGGAACUCUGGCUUGGUAUCACGAGGACAGAUUCGCAGCACAGAGAAUUGCCACUGCUACCGAAUACCCUGAGGUCGUGCGGAGGCUGUUCGCGUGCGUGAACCGCGCCACCCGAGCACUCUGUGACGCUGUUCAUGGCGACGACGCCGUUGCCAUUCGCAGCCUGGUGGAGGGCGGAGCACCGGGGUGGGUUCCGGUAAGAAACGAUCGCUCUCUGUUGAACGUAGCGGCGAACGUGAGCGCCGGAUUUGAAGCCAUGUUAGCUCUCCUCGACCUAGGGUGCGAUCCCAACGUCCCAGACAUCCAUGGGAAUAGGCCGCUGCACCACGUCGCCACACGGGGGCACGCGGAUGGGGUGGCGUUGUUGAUUAUUUUCAAGGCAGAUGUCGAAGCAGUCAACCAUUGGUGCGAAAGUGCACUGAUGUGUGCCGCUCGGCAGGGACAUGAAAGCGUAACGCGGGUCCUGCUUGGCGCGGGGGCAGACGCAGAAGCGUCCGACAUGGCGGGCAAUACUGCACUAAUAUUCGCAGCAAGGGAGAGGCAUGAGAGGGUGACCCAGAUCCUCUUAGAAGCUGGAGCUAGGUGGGACGUCCGAAACCAGACAGGCGACACUGCGGUUUUGGCAGCGGCGAAAGCCGGAGGCUGUAGUGGUACGCUAAGCGUUCUGAGUCGUGUCGGCGGAGCCGAUGUGAAUGCCGUCAACAACCACCGUAUGUCCGCCUUGUGCAUGGCCAUCUUCAACCGCGAUGUUGAUUCCAUCCGCUGCCUGCUGGUUGCGGGAGCGUCCGUAACUGCUGGCUUCGGUACCUUCGAAUCGGCGAUAUAUUUCGCGGCGUGGUGUGCAGAUCCAGUCACCAGAACAAGCUCGGACCCUUGCCUCCGAGCGAUCUUAGAUUCCGGGGUAUCUGUGGAUCUAGAAGGGGGCGCGAGCGCGGACAGCCCCCUUCUUCAAGCGGUUCAGAACCAGCAGUAUCACCCAUGCAACGUGCUGUUGCAUCACGGAGCUUCUGUUUCGCGAUUUUACGAGCAUGGUGACACCGUUACUCACCACGCGAAAGAUGGGUACAUGUUGAAGAUUUUGAUGGCCUUCGGGGCCCCCCUCGUCGCCCGCAACCUACUGGGGUUUACCCCGCUGCACGUGGCCGCCGGUGCCACCGACAAGAAAGACAUGCUGAGCGUGUUACUUGAGUGUAGGCUGGUGUGGGAAAAUGUGAACGCCAAGACGAACGAGGGGUAUACGGCACUCAUGCUAGCUGUCCAAGAGUGGAACUAUCCGGCGAUGAUGGCGAUGUUCGAAUGUGAGUCCACCAGAAACUUCCUCGACAUCCGCAUUGCUAAUCACUGCGGGGCGACGGCGCUUCAUUUGGCCGUGGAGCAAGGUUUCAUCGAUGCCGUGUAUCUGCUUGUCGCGAGAGAUAUCGGUGCCAUGCACCUUGAGGAUUUCCAUGGGCGGACCCCCUUGCACACUGCCCUUGAGCAGGGCUUGCCGUUUACGGUCUGGCACACAAAACUGCUGAGAUUUUUGCUGUCAAACUAUUUUUCUAGGCAUCUAAGGUACGCAGACAGGUCGCUCACGCCCCUUCACAUCGCCGCCGCAUGCAGAGGGCGUGUCGAUGACGUCAAGCUGCACGCCGCAUCAGAGUCCGCUGUGUCGAGUCGUACUAUGGAAGGCCACACCCCGCUACAUCUGGGCGCAGCUUUCGGCGACGCGGAAGUGGUUCGUGUUCUGCUUGCAGCAGGGUCCUCGCCAACUGCGACGGACAACUCGGGCGGAACACCACUGCACAUGGCUGCGAAGUUCGGGUGUCACGACACGGUCUUGGCCUUGCUGGAGCAUGAUGAGAAACUCGUUGGAGCGGUGAACUAUCAAUGCGAAACGCCUUUGCACAUCGCUGUGAGCCUGAAGGAGCAUGUCGGAAUCGCCACUGUCGAAGUUCUCCUUUCGUUUGGCGCCUCCACGGCUUGCGUAGACUUGAGGGACGAGUCCCCGUUGACCAUAGCGGUCCUGCUAUCUCGGAAAAGCUACGUGGCCACGCUUGCCGAAGCGCGGUACAACGGGCCAGCUCGGCCAACCGGAACAGUUGGCGAAGAACGUCAAACGCCGCUACUGUGCGCUGUGGACGCGAACGACGCAGCCAUGGUGAGAAUGUUGCUUGGUCAUGGUGCUCCGGUUAGGCCACGGAACCCCCACGAAGUGAACCCGCUGAGGCUCGCCUGUGAAGAAGGACGUGUCGCCGUGGCCCGGGCUCUGCUCCAAGGAGGAGCUUCUCCGGGAACCGGAGGGGAGGAAGGGUUCACCCCGCUCCACGAAGUCAGCUUCCGCGGGUUGACGGACGUGGCUCGGGUGCUUCUAGAUGCUGGAGCUAUCCCUGGCCACUGCUUGAACGAGGCACGCGAAUCUCCCCUCCAUGCCGCUGUCACAGGGGGGCACCUGGGAGCUGUGAAGGCCCUCCUCCCCCGCCUGACGAAGAGACAGGUCAACAAGCGCACUCGGGGCGGAAAGACAGCCCUCAUGUUAGCGGUGCAAGCUGGAGACAGCAACAUGGUUGAUCUGCUCCUAGAGGCGGGCGGAGACCAUACCGAGAGAGAUAUCCUUGACAGGUCGUGCUUGACGGUUGCGGUGGCCGGAGUAAAGCCGACGCGGCGCUCUGCCAGUGUGGUCCAGGCGCUGCUCAAGUGGGGCGCCGACCCGACGUCGUUCUGUGCCAAAGGUUUCAACCCUCUGCACCAUGCCUGCGCCUCGGGCGUGGACCCAGCAGUUGUUCAGGCGCUUUUGGACGGCGGAGCGGCCGUGGACACGCCCUGCCCAGGCUACAGGUUUCUUCUGCCCAUCCACAUGGCCGUGCACAACGAGCACACGGACGUGGUUCGCGUGCUAACGGAAACCUCGGGAGUGGCUUGCGGCCUGAACCAGAAGGACCCGGUCCGGAGAAUCUCCCCAUUGACGAUGGCGAUCUCCAACGGCGACGUCAACACCGUACGCGUUCUGCUUGAAGCGGGGGCACUGCUGGAAGAGAACACGCUAGACGUAGACGGCGUCACAAACUUGGGGUCGCACGUUCAUGUUGCCCUCGGUAAAGGGCAGGGGGAUAUUUGCCUGCUGCUGCUUCAAGCGAUGGCCUUCAAAGAGCAAGCCGAGAAGAAUCAGCCGUGA